AUGGCGAGACAAGGAUCUUCAGGUCCUUUAGUAUGCGGAAUUAGAAGCCAAGACAGCUGCCAUUUCCUAUUCUGGCUCAGAGGGUUUGAGAUUCCAAUGGCAAGUCACACGGAUCCUCUUGCUGCCGAAGGCGGGGAGAACGCCCGGCCACGAGGUAUGGAUACAUUGACGUUUCGCAAGGAUCACAGCCUGCACCCGGUCACAGAUCUGUCAGCACAAAAGAGAAGCUAA